AAACAGCAGUGACAUCCCAGACUCCUGCCUGAUUCUGCUCGGGUGUUUCCAAUGAUUUUGGCAUUUUUAAUUUGUCAACUUCCCCAACAACUGGGGGUGGAAGGUGGAAGGGAGGGACUCCUGAGGGCAGGCUCACGUCCGCUGUGUAGAGGAGGCUCAUGACCAGGCUUCCUGUCUUUUCAUUUACGAACAUCUGUGAAGACAUAGCAAGACUCUUCUCUUCACCAGGCACCUCUUUGCAAAGCCUCAAGCCUCAUAUACACACACCUGUGCAAGAGGCAGAGCGAAGAAGGAAAGACCGGCCAGAGUUUUGCACACUCAGAUCCCCGUCGACUCAACGAGGCUGCCAUGUGCCGAGGCAUCUCUUUUAGGCACUUGCUGCUCCUGCAGCUGCAGCUAUCACAACUCCUAGCUGUCACUCAAGGGAAGAUGGUGGUGCUGGGGAAAGAAGGGCUUUCAGUGGAGCUGCCCUGCCAAAGUUCCCAGAAGAAGAAUACAAUCUUCACCUGGAAGUUGCCUGACCAGACAAAGAAGAUUCUGGGACAGCAGGGUAACGGUGUAUUGGUUAAAGGUUCGUUUGGGAGCCUGUAUGACCGUUUCGAUUCCAGAAGAGGUACGUGGGACAGAGGAUCGUUUCCUCUCAUCAUCAAUAAACUUAAGCUGGAAGACGCUCAGACUUAUGUCUGCGAGCUGGAGAACAGGAAAGAGGAGGUGGAGCUGUGGGUGUUCAGAGUGACCAUCAGUCCGGGUACCAGCGUGUUGCAGGGGCAGAGCUUGACCCUGACCUUGGAUUGCAACCCUAAGGUCGAGAACCCCUUGAUGGAGUGCAAACACAAAAGGGGUAAAACUGUCAAGGGCUCCAAAGUUCUUUCCAUGCGCAACCUAAGGAUUUGGGACAGUGACUUCUGGAACUGCACCGUGACCCUGAACCAGAAAAAGUCCUCGUUCGGCAUGCAACUCUCCGUGUUGGGUUUUCAGAGCACAUCUAUCACGGCCUAUAAGAGUGAGGGGGAGUCAGCAGAGUUCUCCUUCCCACUCAACUUCGAAGAGGAAAGGCUGCAGGGAGAGCUGACAUGGAAGGCAGAGAAGGCUUCUUUCUACCAGCACUGGAUCACCUUCUCCCUAAAGGACAAAAGGGUGUCCGUGGAAAAGUCCACCAACACCCUCAAGCUCCAACUGGCGGAAACGCUCCCACUCACCCUCAAGAUACCCCAGGUCUCGCUUCCCUUUGCUGGUUCUGGCAACCUGACUCUGACUCUGAACAAAGGGAGAGUGCAUCAGGAAGUGAACCUGGUGGUGAUGAAAGUGGCUCAACUCCACAACAACACUUUGGCCUGUGAGGUGGCGGGACCUACCUCCCCCAAGAUGAGACUGACCCUGAAGCAAGAAGAUCAGGAGGCCAGGGUCUCCAGGGAGCAGAAAAUGGUUCAAGUGAUGGCCCCUGAGGCAGGAAUGUGGCAAUGUCUACUGAGUGAGGGUGAAGAGGUCAAGAUGAACUCCAGGAUCCAGGUUUUAUCCAGAGGGUUGAACCAGACAGUGUUCCUGGCUAGCGUGCUGGGGGGUACCUUCGGCUUUCUGGCUUUCCUUGGGCUCUGCAUCCUCUGCUGUGUCAGAUGCCGGCACCAACAGCGCCAGGCAGCACGGAUGUCUCAGAUCAAGAGGCUCCUCAGUGAGAAGAAGACCUGCCAGUGCCCCCACCGGAUGCAGAAGACUCAUAAUCUCAUCUGAGGCCUGCGCCCCACCUGCAGCCUACCACCUGUGUCCUGUCUCCUCGACUGAGGCCUGUGGACCAGACGAAUGUAGCAGACACAGUGCCUCUAGCCUCCUGCUCUCCUCUUCCACAACCAGCCAUGGUUUCUCUCCCUGUUCCCAAGCCCGUCUGUCCGUCUGCGGAGUGCAGAGCUUGCUCUCUGCAUUUCAGACACUUAAGCACACCCAAACAGCUUAUUUAUUCUUCGCAGCUGCCUUUAUGCCAGAGCCUCAGCCCUUCUCUGACUAACGUCCUGGAACUUCUUUCCAGCUGUCUGCUCGGAUAGAAGGGCAGUGCAUAGCACCUGGCAUGGAUGGUGGGACUGGUGUCUGGAAAUAUACAACACAGUUUACGAGAGGGCUCUGGGACCAACCUGAGCGGGGCUGGGAGGAGGGGGCUGUGUGUGUGCAUGUCACACAUCCUUUCAGGGGCAGAUGCGGUCUGAAAGGCUGCCGAAAUCAGUCUCAGCUUCCCAUGCUGCCUGCCUGUCUCUUGUUUGAGGUGGCAAGACCAGACUCACAUUCUAACCAGUGCACCAACACAGAUCCAGGCCA